AUGCCUGAAACAGCGCAAAAAUCUUUUGACAUCAAAGAGAAUGAUGUUAAAAAUAACAACUACGAUCUGGUUGAGUCAUCACCUAAGAAAACCACUGAAAUAGUUAAUGAAAGAGGUAUUGCUCCUUCUGAUUCGAAUGAUGAUGAUGAUACACCGUACAUUGACUUAAGUUUAAACUUAUCCGAGGAAGAGAAAUUUUAUAGAAAAAAUUCAAAAUGGUACAAGUUGAAGUUAUUUUUAUGGGAUUCUGUUGACAAACAUCCAACGGAAAAGAAGUUCUUGAUGAAAUUGGAUUUCUUCUUGAUAAGUUCUUCCAUGUUGGGCUAUUUUAUCAAGCAGUUGAAUGCCUCUAAUGUUAAGACAGCGUAUAUUAAUGGUAUGGAUGAAUAUUAUAAUAUGAAUCAGAAUCAAUAUAACUACCUUAAUACUUUGUGGACAGUGGGCUAUAUUAUUGGACAAAUCCCAUCGAAUUUAAUUCUUCAUCGCAUCAGUGCUCGUUAUUACUUGGGUGGUUUAGAAAUUAUUUGGGCUAUUUUAACGGUUUUGAUGAUUACUUGUAAGUCUUUGAAUGGAUUAUAUGCUAUUAGGUUUUUUGUAGGUCUAACUGAAUCUGGUUAUUUCCCUGGUUUGGAAUACUUAGUUGGUUCAUGGUACGGUAAAGAAGAAUUGAGUAAACGUUCAACUUUUUUUGCUGUUGCUGGAGUUGCCUCUGGAUUGGUUUCUGGUCCUUUACAAAGUACCAUUUUGAAUAACUUUUCAGCUAGUAGCUUGCCUCCUUUCAAAUGGAUGUUCGUAUUUGAUGCAGUAAUUUCCUUCCCGAUUGGAAUAUAUACAAUGUUUGUCGAUCCUAAUACACCUUCAACCACAAAUGCAUGGUACUGGACAAAUGAUGAUAAAUUAGUUGCCUUGGAAAGAAGAAGAAGAAUCGGAGCACAGCUUAAUACCCGUGGAAAAUAUACUUGGAAAAAGGUUAAAAGUUUCUUUAAUACUUGGCACAUAUACGUCUUUCCAUUAGUAUUCCUUGCUUAUAAUAACAGUUGUGCUGCGAUAGGUCAGCCUACUUUCGAAGGGUGGAUGAAAUUAGCCUUAAAAGAACCUCAAGAGGUAUAUAAUCGAAUGCCUGCAGUUAUUUCGGGUGUCGGUAUCGCAGUUGCUAUUAUAAUAUCAUAUUUUGCAGAUUUCAUUGGAGGUAAAAAGAACCAUUAUUUCGUUUUUGCCUAUUUUUUUUGUUUAUUAAUUGGGUGUUCUUUGCUUUCGGGCUGGUAUAUUCCACGAGGACUUCAUUGGUUUAGUUAUUUUUUGGUAGGAGUGCCCACGUCUUGGGGACAGCCUCAGAUUUUUUCUUGGGUUAAUAGAUUAUUAUUUGAAGAUGAUAUGAAGAGAAAUUUUGUUGUUGUAUGUACAAAUACACUAGCUUAUGUUACCGGUGCAUUUGUCCCCAUAUUCGUGUGGAAUACCAAUGACAGUCCCAGAUAUUUUAUUGGAUUUACAUAUACUGCGUGUUUAAGUGCUUUUGGGUUAGUAAUGACCGGUAUUGCGGUCCAUUUUAUCCGAAGGGAUGAAAAAAUCAAAGAAAGGUAUGCUAUUGAUGACCUUGAUAUGGUUCUUGAUUAA